CUUCACUCACAACUUCAUGAGGUUUUCUCAUGUCCCGGUCUAACAACAGGCCCUUGUUGGAGCCGGAGAGCUAGAGUCUGGCAGAUUGAUGGCUGCCUGUGUGCUGUGUCGGCGGGUGCCCAGGCUGCGCUACCUCAGAGGCUUGAGAAAGGAUUUUGCCCAGGCUCAGCAUGUGAAUAGCAAAGCAGAGGAUGAGACCAGUGAGCAGGAGGGAAAGAGAGGAGCUUUGCGAGACGAGGAAUCCUCUCUCCAAGGAGGCUACAGGCUGCACUACAACCCUUCUUCAUAUCACCACACAGUGUGGAACUGUGCAAAUACCCGGAGCCAAACAGAUAAUGAUGAGGAAGAACAGUGUCUCUCUACUCUCGCGUCUUCCCUCUGGCAACAGAGCAAUCGCUACAGUGUGAGUUGCUCACGGCAUCUUUCCAGCUCCAAAAACACAUUGCUUGACUUGGCGUUCAACAAAGGCCCUGAUCCCAAAAUGCCAUUACCAUCACUGUACCACAGAAAACCUAUAUCGCCUGAUGUUAAAGUAGAUACACGUGCCUUUCUCAAGUGCCGGUCAGAGUAUGCCUCCAUUAGCUUUGACCUCAACCAGCGUCCUCUCUCAAUCGAAUGGGAAAGGGCCUUGCAGCUUCUCCAAAAAGUGACUGUUCUAAAAGGCAGCAUGAAACCGUCUGAUGUGUCUCAGUUUCUCGCGGAGCUCAGCCUCUUGCACCCAGAUAAGAUGUCAUUAGUGAGGAGUGACCAACGCUUCAUCAUGCUCCUCCGGUAUUCUGUGGAAAACCUGCGCCUCUUUACUCAACCUCAGCUGCUGGAGGUGCUGCAGUCAUUUGUGUGGCUGGAUAUCCCCUCUGCCCACACUGUUCUUGGACUGUAUGAGGCUGAGCUGAGCUGCCGAGCCAACAAGAUGAGUUUACACCAGUUGCUGUUAGCUGCUGACUUAUGGCGCUGUAUUGGGAGGCAGGUCCCCCAGUUCUUACAGCACCUCUAUAAAUCGGUCCAUUUGUAUCUGGGACAGAUGGAAGUUCCUGAGUUAAUCCAACUGUUGUAUAUAAUGGGAGAAAGUAGGCGGUGCCCAAAAGACUUGAUCCAUCCUGUAGUGCAGCUACUCAUGCGCCACUUACAACAACUACACCCUGAGGAGGUUGGCACUGUAUGCCUGGCGCUCUUUAAAUCCCAGGCUUCAAUUUCUGAGGGUGCAGUGACUGGUAUUGUUGAUAAGGCACACUCCUUUGUGGGGGAGAUGAGUGACUUUGCCAUGGUGAAUGUGCUGAAAUACCUGCGUUUCAGUUACCUGUAUCAUUGGUCGUGGAUGGAGGCCAUGACUCUGGAAGUGCCUCGACGGGCCCACAGGAUGGGUGUCAAGGGGCUGAUGCAUGUGGCACUGGCGUGUUCAGCGUUGCAUUACCGCAAUGAUAACAUCCUCAUGGCUAUCGCCGAGAGAAUUCCAUCAUUGGUGCCACACUGCAGGAGUAAGGACUCCUGUAAACUGUUGUGGAGCUUUGGGACAUUAGGGUUUCUUCCAGUUCAGAGCCCAAGCUUUUAUCCAAGCCUUACAGAGGCCCUUAGACAGAGGAAAGCUGAAUUCCAGCGAUACCCAGAGCACCUGCUUACUGGUCUUCUUGGCCUGGUCUUUGUCUCUCAGUUCCAACAGGACCUAAUUGCAUUAGCCUUGAGCCCUGACUUUGUCAAUUUAGCACUGAAAUCGAAACAGCUGGAGCUGAAAAAAGACCUGUUCACUUUAGAUGGAACGGUGGCUCUGGAGUUGCCUGAGUGGACUGGCCCACGGCUAAGCUGUGAACUGAGAGAGGAAACAGAAGAAAUGUUGUGGAAGUUUGCUCAAUCAGAUACAUGCAGGAAACCAGAAGUCCAGGAGGCAGAAUCUGCUCUGCAAGAACUGCUUGGCAGCGAGCAGUUUGUAUGCACCCGAAUGAUUCUGCCUCACACUCGCUCCAUUGACCUUGAAGUACAUGUUGAUUCCACUGGACAGCCCAUACCUGUGAACCCAGCACCCCACAUGGCCACAAUAUCUUCUGAGAACAAUUCAUCCAAAUUUCCUUCAAACCAUAGCUGGGGGAGAAUAAAUACUGGAGUAACUAUAACGGAUGAACUUUUAGCACAACUAACAAAUACCAAAAACACCACAAAUCCUGUAACCCCAUCUCCUGCAGUUACUACAUCCCCUCACAGAGUAGAGCCUGACGAUGAUGUGAGACUGUUUGACACAGGGUUAAACCUGACCAGUGCCAUUGCAGAAAUACUUACCAAACCUAGUAGCUUAAGUGUAGACCCUCAGGACUCCAAGGGAACAGUCAAACUUGCUAUCCAGGUUGCCCACAGGAACCAUUACUGCUACCAUUCACGACAGUUGUUGGGCCUUCAUGCCUUAAAGAGGAGGCAGUUGAAGUUGGCAGGCUAUAAGGUUGUAGAGCUUAGCUAUCAGGAGUGGUUUCCUAUGUUGAGAAGAAGCAAGGCUGAGAAGCUAGCAUACCUGCACUGCAAGAUCUACAACAGUCUGUAAUGUUUUCAGACCUUGAAGAGUCUGAGAGCAAUCACAAUAAACCUUGCAUGCAUUGUAAGCUUUUUUAGCACUUUUGCUUCUGGGCAGUAUGUAAUUUGUUAGGAGAAUGUGCAAAGCACAGUAAAUAAUCUGUUAUGGAGGUGGACAAAUGUUUUUUUCUUUUAUUACCAUCAUUGACUUUUUGUACAUGUUUAGUUAAUAAUACAUUUAAUUUUGAUAAAAUCUACAAAAAAGCCUUUCCAUCAAAAUGUGUUAAAUGUCAAGAUAUUUUUGUGAAAAUAAUGAUAAUUAAAGAAUA